AUGGUUUCUCUUCCUAAUAUCAUUUGUUUCUGCAUUCUGAUUUUCCUCGCCAAAACUGUUCACUCUCGACAAUCCUAUGAUAAAUCAGACUGCAGCUCACAAUCACAAAUUUCAGGGUCCAAUUACCUUUGUAGCUCCAGAUUUCCUUGUGAUACAUACGUAGUGUACAGGGCUCAAAAGAAUUUCCAGUCAUUGUCCUCUGUGUCAUCUCUCUUUCACUUGGGACUUGACAAGCUCCUUGAUAUCAACAAAAUGAUUAAAGCUGAUGCCAACAAUAUAACGAUUGGUCAAGAGAUCAUCAUUCCAAUCAGAUGCUCUUGCACCGGCCAGUUCUCUCAAGCCAUUGUCAUGUACAACUUUUCUAACUCAGAUUCAUUUGCUUCAGUUGCCUGUGGAGUUUUUGAAGGGUUGGUGAAAGCACUAAGUCUUGCCGAAGAGAACCCAGGUGAUCCUCAUCAAUCUACGAUGAGGGUGCCUGUCCGAUGUGCUUGUCCUGAUGCAGAUGAUAGAAGAAAUGGCGUGGAAUACCUUGUUACAUAUCCUGUUAUAGAGUAUGACAAUGCAGAUUUAAUUGCCGCAAAAUUUGGAGUGCCUGAAACCAUGAUAUGGGAGGCCAAUAAAUUAGCAUCUUUUUCAACCAUAUUUCCUGGAACAACACUGCUUAUUCCAACAAAGGAUGUUCCCUUUGUGAACUCGGUUAUCAAUGCUGAUCCAGCUCCCAGCCCUACAGAAGUAAUUCCGCUAAAGAAAGUUACAUCCAGUACAGAAACAACUAUAUUGCAUAGACAGCUAGUUCUUGGAGUAGGUAUUAUUGCGGCAGUGAUUCUAAUGAUUAUGCCUUUUAGUGCAUUUAUAUGCAUCAGAAGAAAGAAUCAUCCUAGGAAUUUUCAACCUUUAUCUGCUAGAAGUUCAGCGUCAUCAAAUCUCUCACCUGAUUUUCUUGAUGGAGUCUCCAAGUUAAAGUAUUCGCUGGUAAAUUAUAGCUUGGAAGAGCUAAGGAUUGCAACUGAGGAUUUCAAUAAGGCUUCUGUGAUUGGCAAAGCAUUAUACAGGGGAAGGAUAGAUGGUUUGAAUGUGGCGGUAAAGCAUAUGAGUUCAGAAGAUGCUGCUCGCCAUAUCAUAAGCAUAUUGACAAAGAUCAAUCACCUAAAUGUUCUGAGGCUUGAGGGAUGCUGCUAUGGGAGCACACCUUAUUUGGUGUUCGAGUUUGCAGAGAAUGGUAGCUUAAAGGAUUGCUUGUCGAAUGCUAAGAUGUCUAAGCAGCUUACUUGGGCUAAAAGAAUGCAGAUUGCUUUUGAUCUGGCAGUGGCUAUUCAUUACAUACACUACUGUACUAAACCUGCUUAUGUUCAUCGAAACAUAGAUAGCACAAGCGCUCUAAUAACCAUGGAUUGGAGGGCAAAGAUUUCUGGAUUUAGUUUGGCAAAACCUUUGAUUUGGAGCAAUGAGAAGGAAGAGACUAACUGGAAUGAAUCAGUGGUGGUGGGUACAGAAGGAUAUUUGGCACCUGAGUAUCUCAGUGAUGGGAUUGCUUCCCUCAAGGUGGAUGUAUUUGCAUAUGGAGUUGUUUUGCUGGAGUUGAUAUCGGCCAAAGAGGUUACUGUGGGGGGAAAUUUUUUGAAAGAUUCUGUCAAUUUUUUGGAAGAUGCAGGGUUUGAAACCUCUUCCGGGUCCGUGGACGAGUUGAAAAAAUUCAUGGAUCCAAAUUUGGAGGGUGAUUAUCAGUUAGGUGAGGCUAUGUGUUUGGCACUCUUGGCGAAGGCUUGUAUUCAGAAUGACCCCUUAAACAGACCCACCAUGAACGAUGUUCUGAAGGCUCUUUCAAGAAUAGUUUGA